GUCUUCAUUGCGUCUGAAUAAAGAUGCCUGGAUUCACCUGCUGUGUCCCUGGAUGCUACAACAACUCUCACCGGGACAGAGAGCUACGGUUUUAUACAUUUCCCAAGGAUGCCACUCAGAGGGAGGUUUGGCUAAAGAAUAUCUCUCGGACCGGGGUGAGCGGUUGUUUCAAUACCUUCGAACCUACGACUGGCCACCGAGUGUGCAGCGUUCAUUUUGCUGGUGGAAGAAAAACGUACACCAUUAGAGUUCCAACUCUUUUCCCGCUUAGAGGAGUGAACGAACGUAAGAGCCGCAGAGGAAGGAACAGGAAGGUGACCACAACAACCCCUGCUCCUCUUUCCAGUCCUAAACGUUGUUCCACUCCUGCUGGCAACAUUGUCAUCACCAACGUUGUUUCAAGUGCCCACAUUGCAGCAGAAACAGCCGGGAGCGAUACAGGUACCAAUUCAAACAGCGACAACCCUGUGGUACAAAUAGACCAGAACGGCGAAUAUAUCGGCACAGCCAGUCUACCAGCUCAGGGAGACGGGACCUGCCUCAAAGCGGUUGUUUCUAGCUCUACUGACCUGACCGGGGAGACUUUAUCUCCCAUCGAGGCCGUGGCCGCUGCCCACCAACAAACAGUGCAGUACGUCAGCGUGCUUAGCAGCCCUCUAGACCACGCGUACUCGCUCACCACCGGCACCACUUCUGCUGAACUGUUGCGGAAACUGAAUGAACAACGCGAUAUCAUCGCGCUCAUGGAGGUGAAAAUGAAAGAAAUGAAGGCGACCAUUCGUCAGUUGCGCGUGAGCGAGGCCAAGCUGCAGGAGGAGGUGCGGGAGCGGGACCGGCUACUGUCCGCCGGUGCAGCUGCUGCUAUGGCUGUAGUUGCACCAGUAUGUCACCUCAGAGGCCAUCCUCCACAACAAGGUUCUGCAGUGUACUUGACUGGGGAAGAUUGGAUAUGGGCCUAAUAUGUAUAAUCUGGAGAGGUUCUGGUUCUGUCUGAGUUCUUUGUUCUUGUGAGGACAUUCUGGCACCCAGAGACCCUGCAGCUCUUUCCAGGCCUCCUCAGAGUUCGACACCUGGUCUCACUGUUCAGCUGACAGCUAUGACUACUUGUGAUUAACGAUUGUUCUGAAACUAAAACCAUAUCAUUUUCAAGUAAAUUUCUUUUUGGAAAUAGCUCAUUUUUGUGAGUAUUUUUCUUUCGUUGCAGCAUGGAAACCAAUAGUCUCUCUACUAUGAGCGUGAUGUGUGUGUUACUGUGGAGAACUAUUUGGUGAUUCAGUACAUGUACAAACAUGUAUAAACUCAGGCUUAUUUUAAUUUGAAGAUGAAAGAACUAAGGAUCAAGAUUUAAACGUGACCAACUCGGGCACAGUAAGAAAGGACAUCAGGACAUUUACAGUAACAACUUGAAUCCUGAUUCCUGUAAUGCACCUCUGUAUCAUGACCUGUAGAGGGCAGUGCGACGAAAGGUUUGGGAGCUGUGUUCUAUUAAGGGCUCGGACCCUCCUGGUUUCCUGGGGGUUUAGAUAGGACUGGCACAAGUCUCUUAGUGACAGGAGUCACACACCCUGCCUGAGGGUUCCUUCUCUUACAGCCCACUCAGGACCGUCCUCUGUUUUUAUUGACCAAUGUUUGUUCUAACAGAACUCAUAUUUUGAUACAUGAAACUGAAACUCUUUGCUGUGCUUACAGUCAAGGUUUGACAGGUAAAAUGUGUGUUUUUAAAGUUUUUUUUUUUUAAUUAAGGGUGAAAAAAACAUGUCAACGUCUUUAUCAGAUGUUGGUUAUGAUAAUAAUGUGUUUAUUUGAGAGAUGCAUGGAUGGAGCGAGGGUAGAGAGUCCUGAUCCUAAUCUCAUCUGGAUUUAGUCUCUUCUCUCUGUAGAGUUACGUAAGGAGUUUAUCCAGGGCUGUCAAUCAAACAUGCCCAUCUUUUCUCUCCACCCUGUCUCUUCAUUCCCAUUCCCCCUCCUCCAUGUCUCUUCCCCUAUGUCUGCUGUCUGCAUCAGCCUCAUGUCAGGCCAUUGUCUACCCCAUUUGCAGCCUAAUUAUGUAACAUGAGUCAAACCAAGUGUGAAAUUGUGUGCAUCAUAUUCAUAUCUGCUGCUUCAGCUCCGCAUGUUAUGAGAGGAUGAUACUAGAUUAAAGCCCAACACCAUGAUGACGUCAGAGUGGAUGUGUGUGUGUGUGUAUAUAUAUAUAUAUAUAUAUUAUUGACAAUCCCUUUCUCCAGUCCUCUUUGGUUAUUGCAUGACUAUGGUAAGUGACUGCUGCACGUUCCCCCAGAUGGGAAGUCUCUGUUAGGAAAUAGGGCCAGCUACAGUACCUCUGUGUCAGCCUUAUCCAGCUUACUGCGUUGAUGGCUGUGGCACUAUGAGGCCUGGAAUCUGGGAGGCUUCCUCUGUUAUCUAUGGAUAGAAUGUGCAUACUGCUUGUGGUCUUGCAUGCAAUCUAGCAUGCAAACCCAUUUGUUAUACAUAUGCUCUUUCUGUCUAUAAUGCCCCUCCACUCUGUGAAUGCAUUGUCUUUUGGUUAGUGGGAGAGGACAGUGUGGCUUUUAGAACUGUGUUAACAGACAGGUGAACGAAGAAUGUAUGCUAAGCAGUAUGGGAGGUAUGUGUUUGUGAAAGAACAGACACAAUUCCAUGUCCUAAUCCCUCUCA